AUGGUGCCCGAUGUUACCUCGAAAACCUAUCUUCCCUCCAUUUAUAACAUCCUGUUAAUUGGAGAAACAGGCUCAGGGAAAUCGACACUGAUCAACUAUCUGACAAACUACUUCAAUAAUGGAUCACCUGAAGAACCCAAAAUCGCAAUUCCUACAAAGCACUACAAGGAGACAGAGAAGUAUCAAUCCUCCGAGAAAGAUCUCUACGAUGCAACCAAGAGCAAGACCAGUGAGUGUGCUACUUAUGGUUUCACAAAAGAUAAUCGUCGCUACAACUUCAUCGACACCCCUGGUCUCAGUGAUACCGAAGGAACAGAGCGAGAUGAUCUGCAUAUUUCAAAAAUUAUGAUUGCUGCAGAGGGAACUGGAUAUAUGACCGCUAUCAUUCUUGUCAUGAAUGGUACGGUAGCUAGACAAACAGUGAACCUGCGGAACACUCUAACUCGUUUAAGAGGUUCUGUACCAGACACCCUCCUGAACAAUCUCAUAGUUGUCCUCACUAACUGUUCAGAGAAUUCAGCCAACUUCGAAUUUGAGUCCCUCAAACCAUGGACGGUUUCACAAGAAAAUGUAUUUUACAUGAAUAACUCUGCCAUGAGUAAAUCAAAGAAGUGGUGGAUUAACAACGGAAGAAGGAAGGCAGGCCUCCUGAGGGAUUGGCAAGAAUCAAUGAAUGAAAUCAAUAAUAUGAUACUCAGAGUGAACGACUUGAGUACUGUUGCUGCUAAUGCGUUCGGGAAAAUGCGCCAGAAGAGAGAUAAGAUCAAGUCAGUGAUCACGGGAAUCUUGCUCGAAGUAAAGAAACUACAGGAUACGCAGAACAAUCUGAAUUCUGCUAAGGAAGCUCACAAGGAAGUUACUGAAAAUGUAGAGAAGUAUUCCAAAUAUAAGCAGAAUGAGGAAGUGGAAUAUGUGGAAAUGGAGAAAACCUCAUAUUACAAUACGAUUUGCAUGCAUCAUACUGACAAAGUCUGUCAUGAACGCUGUAGUCUUCCAUUCACAGCCGAUGUAGAAUCACAAAUCUUCACAGGUUGCGCAUGUAUGAAUGGAUCUGCUAAUUGCCUAGUCUGUGGAUGUGGACCAGCAACUCACUAUCAUGCCAAUGAGAAGCCUGUGAAAAAAACCAAACCAGUGGAAAAAAUUCUCCAUGAAAUGAAAAGUCUUUAUGACGAAAAC